AUGAAGCUAUGGAGCAACAGAGUAUCAGUAUAUCAAAAGCAGGAAUUGUCACGUCUCUUCAAGGUUCAAGCUAGAUGCAGUGUAAUUGCUGCAGCAAACCCAAUAGGGGGAAGGAUAUUAUUGAUCCAUUUACAGAUGAAAUACUUGCAAGGUUUGUUGUGGAUAGUCAUGCCAGAUCCCAACCCAAGGCGGCUGGCUAACCUUGAAGACAGGGUUCCAACUGAUGUGGGUGAUGAUCCACUGGCCGCUGCAAGACAAGCUGAUCCAGAUAAACUCAGUAUGCAGAAAGCACUUCAAAAGAAUUUCCAGAAAUACAUGACAUUUAAGAAGGAUUACAAUGAGCUGCUUCUGCUCCUUCUGCGCGCACUGGUUAAGGAUGCACUGCACUUUGAAGAAAUCAUCUCAGGAUCAACCUCGCGCCUUACUCGCGUCGAGGCCCAAGAGUAUGAGAUCUACGAUAUGAAGCCUUUCUUCUCCAGUGCACACUUCAGGGAUAACAGCUUCAUUCUGGAUGAAGGGCGUGGGAUCAUCAGGCAUCCACUGGCGGAAUAA